CCAGGUCUUAGAGGUGGGACCAACCUCAGAAAGCAGGUUAUGGAAAUGGACAGGGAGCUGCAACCUUCCCUGGUACGGGGUUCCAGCCAGGUCUUGGAGUUGGAAUGAAACCUCAGAAAUCAGGGGCUCCUAUGGGCAUGGGACCUGGAGCUGGAGGCCUCAUGGAGAAGGCCGGCUUUGGAGGUGGGACCAAACCUCAGAUAGCAGGAUUUGGGAACGGACAAGGAGCUGGAGCCUUCCCUUGUGCAGGGUCCCAGCCAGGAGCUUUCCCUGGAGCAGAAGCAGGACCCAGGGACUCUGCAGGGAAGUUAGGCUUGGGAGGAGGGACCAAAACUCAUAAAACAGGGGCUCCCAUGGGCAUGGACCCUGAGCUGGGGGCCCUGUGGGGAAGCAUCUACUACCUAUGA